AUGUCGUCCUCUCCAGCCUCGAACGCUACCGGAGCGCCAUCGUCCGGUUCCAGGAUCGGGAGGCCCCCGCAGUGGACCGUAUCCCGGUCUCGAAAGCUCGCCAGGCUCUAUCUCUACUCGACGCUGUCCAUCGAGAAAAUCAUCGAGGUGCUCGAGGGCGAUGGCUUCAACCCAAGGAAGAAUUCGGCCCAAAAGACCAUCCACAAGAUGCUCGACAAUGAUCCUCGCUACCUCCGGCCCGAGUCACGGAUGGAAAUGAACAAGCGCAUAAGUAGCCUUGCCAUGUCCGCCAAACGUCGCAAAAGAAGGAAGGCGCCUUCUGGCCGGCGCAUGGGCCGAGAAGGUGGUUCGAUGGAGCAGGUAGAGGAUGCUCCUCUCCGGUCCGAGGUAACCUCGCCGUCUGGGCAAAGCAUCAAGGCAGAAGACACGCCGUCCUUCGCACUCUCCCCGUCCCCUGAUGUUCCAUGUCUCAGCUACUUCUCCAUGCCGUUUGAUGGCCAAGGGCAGAUGCCACGCCAAGAAAGGAUAGAUACACCUGAGCCAAGUGAAGCUCCGCGCCCAGUCGAGAUCCAGAACAUCAAACGGAGAGUAUCGGGCUGUUCAACGCACUACGCCUUUCAGCUUUCAUCGCUGAUCAAAGAGUACACCAUUUCGAUUUCCUCUGAUGAUGACCGCUCUCGUGGACGUCGUCCAUCGAUAGCAUUAAGCGACUGCUCCCAACCAGGUGACCCUACCGAGUUUGACGCAGCCCCUGAGGCCUACGAGGCAUUUCCGGAUCCGGCCUUCGCCCUCCCCGGGGACUUUCUCACCGCGCAUACGCGGAGCUGCGCUGACUUCCCUGGUCAGCAACAUGGAACUGGCGAUUGCUGGUGUUCGAUCGCGCGGGAAACCUCUGUCGACGCGAAUUCGUGGAUUUUGCCGACUGGUGAAUUGAGUGUGCGGGCACAACACGUCCUGGAACAGGCAUCCCCGAGGCAUUUCAAUCCAUACGACAGCUUUGGCAACACGGAGCUGCACUUGUUCGCUGCAUUGGAGGGGUAUCGAGAGGCGCUACUUCACAUAGUGCAUAACUGCGACACUGGGAAGCUGAGGGCAGUAAACACUGCCGGUCAGACAUUCCUCCACCUUCUGAACCUUGAAUGCUCGUCUACGAAACCGACGUCUACGGCCGUAAUUUCUUUCAUCGCGCCCAUUCAUCUGAUCUCUCUCUUCAACCCCACGCUCGCCUCGCGCCGCGACGCCUUUGGUUUCAACCCUGUCCACGCCGCUGACCCAUCGGCUCCAAACCCAUACAUCCCACCACGGCGCAUGGAGAGUCGGGUAGGAGAUGUCUCCCACUCAGCAAGGCCUACCCACCGGCCGCCGUCCUCCGACGAGGGCUCCUUCCUCGCCUACCACGCGCGCCUCGUCCAGGUCAUCCAUUCCUCCUACACCAACCCGCACACCGAGGACGCCGAGGGCCGCAACGGCCUGCACUGUCUCGCCGAAGCAAUCAUCCACCAGCAGACGAUGGACCGCCACGUGCAGGGGGUCCAGCGCGCCUCGUCUUCCUCCUCCUCCUCCCUCCCCUCAGCCACCAGCGCCACGUCUUCCACCCUGCGACCGCACCUCAAGCGCAAGCUGUCCAAAGACGGACCCAGAUCUUCUUCUCCCCCGUCCUCCUCAAACUGUUCCUCUUCCGCAUCAACAGCAACAGAAGGCCAUCUCCCAACCCGCCUCCGGCAUCUGCAAUCCCUCCUGCACCCGUCCGUCUCGGUCCCGGUCUCCCACCGCGACUUGCGGGGGUACACCCCGCUGAUGGCCUUCAUCGAGCACAUCCCCGACGACCAGGAUGACAAGUCCCGGACCCUGCAGGCCAUCAUCGAAACGCUCGUCCGCGCCUGCCCUAGGACGGUAGAGGCGCGCAACCGGCGAGGGGAGACGGCGCUGCUGAUGGCUGCCCGGCUGGGGCGCAAGGUGGCGCUGGCGACGCUGCUGGAGAUGGGCGCCAACGUGCAUGUGAGGGAUGUCCAGGGCCGCGGCGUGCUGGAGGUCUUGGAUGCCGAAGCGAAAGGCCCUGCGGCGAGGGCGGAUGUGAGUUUGUAUGCGAGGUUGGAGGCGUGUAGGGCCUUGUUGACGGGGAGGAGGGAUUGGGGGGGAAGGGGGUAG